CGGCCCGGAGCAACAGGCUCGGAGCCUGUGCGGGGAAGGGCUGCGGGGCCCAGUGUCCCAGCCGCCCGGGACGGCGGGGGGCGCGCUGUCAGGGACCCCAGACUCCAGCUCUCCUUGGGAGGAAUCUGUGGAGAAGCAGCUCCGGAAAAGAAAGCGCUUAAGAGGAGCGGGCCUUUGUGCCGGCCUGUCCCGGCCGUCAAAACAUUGGGGACUGAACGGAAGCAGUCCCGACAACUUCAUGUAUCCUGGAGGGACGUCUAGGUCUGCAUUCCUGGUCCUAGACGAUACCGCUGUGCUGGGCGGAUUUCAGGCAGAGUUCAGAGUUAGAGGUGUCGGAAAAACGGAGAAUGGCCUGUUAGUUGCUUCCUGUGAGUUUAAAGAUGCUUUGGGACUUGGUUUGACCGCAGCUCCUCCCAGAAGAAGGAUUCGACCUUGGGGAGCAGUACUACAGAGAUGCCAUGGAGCAGUGCCACAAUUACAACGCCCGCCUCUGUGCCGAGCGCAGCGUGCGGCUGCCUUUCCUGGAUUCACAGACUGGAGUAGCCCAGAGCAACUGUUACAUCUGGAUGGAAAAGCGACACCGGGGCCCAGGGUUGGCCUCUGGGCAGCUAUACUCCUACCCUGCCCGGCGCUGGCGGAAGAAGCGACGAUCUCAUCCCCCAGAAGAUCCACGACUUUCCUUCCCAUCUAUUAAACCAGACACAGACCAGACCCUGAAAAAGGAAGGCCUGAUCUCUCAGGAUGGCAGCAGCCUAGAGGCUCUAUUGCGCACCGACCCGCUGGAGAAGCGGGGUGCCCCAGAUCCCCGAGUUGACGAUGACAGCCUGGGAGAGUUUCCCGUGACCAACAGUCGAGCACGGAAGCGGAUCCUAGAACCCGAUGACUUCCUGGAUGACCUUGAUGAUGAGGACUAUGAAGAAGACACCCCCAAGCGUCGGGGCAAGGGGAAAGCCAAGGGUAAAGGUGUGAGCAGUGCCCGUAAGAAGCUGGAUGCUUCCAUCCUGGAGGACAGGGACAAGCCCUAUGCCUGUGACAUUUGUGGAAAACGUUACAAGAACCGACCAGGCCUCAGUUACCACUAUGCCCACUCCCACUUGGCUGAGGAGGAGGGUGAAGACAAGGAAGACUCCCAACCACCCACCCCUGUUUCCCAGAGGUCCGAGGAACAGAAAUCUAAGAAAGGUCCUGAUGGGUUGGCCCUGCCCAACAACUACUGUGACUUCUGUUUGGGGGACUCGAAGAUCAACAAGAAGACGGGACAACCUGAGGAGCUGGUGUCCUGUUCUGACUGUGGCCGCUCAGGGCACCCGUCUUGCCUUCAGUUUACCCCCGUGAUGAUGGCGGCCGUGAAGACCUACCGCUGGCAGUGCAUCGAGUGCAAGUGCUGCAACAUCUGUGGCACCUCCGAGAACGACGACCAGCUGCUCUUCUGUGAUGACUGCGACCGUGGCUACCACAUGUACUGUCUUACCCCAUCCAUGUCUGAGCCUCCUGAAGGCAGUUGGAGUUGCCACUUGUGUCUGGACCUGUUGAAGGAGAAAGCUUCCAUCUACCAGAACCAGAACUCCUCUUGAUGUGCCGCUCCCUGCUCCCCGCACAUCUAGGGCUCUUUCUCUCCUCCUCUCUCGUUUUCAUACCCAUCCCUUCCCUCCCCUCUCCCCCCUCCUCCAUCUUUCACAAGUCCAGAGAACCUCGGGGUAGUUACGCCAACCUGCCUUUGGCAGCAGCAAGCUGGGGUGGCAGCUCUGACCGCCUCUGGCCCCAGGUCCUCAGGGAGAGAGGAGCAGCACACGGCCCUGGGUGCACCUGCAGGCCCAGCUCCUCACUGCUCUCCAUGAAGUGCAUUCACUCGGCUUGCCUUGGGCCCAGGCCCUGGUUGUCACAGGGUUCACACAGUGUCCUGCGAGAGAGAGCAGGAGAGCAGCUCACUUCUGUCUGGGCUCUGCCUCCACUCUGGUCUCCAGGGUUUUCCCUUGCCCAGAGGCGAGCCAGGCUGGGGUCUCUGCCAGGAGCUCUGGGAGGGAGGGACUGAGAGGCUAGCUUCAUGCCCUUUGUGCUGCUUGACCUCGCCACCGCCUCCCUCCAGAGCAGCCCGCUGUGGCCCUCUGUUCCUGCGACAGAGGAUCCUUUGCCUGAGCCAGGGCGCUCUUGGUCACCCCUGGCUCUGCCCUGCCCUGUCCCACCCCACCCCAGGGGGAGCAACAGCUUCACCGCAGUUCUCCUCUGUGCUCACCCGCUCUCAAUUUCCUGGCUCCGCUCCUUAUUCCCUUUGAUUUUGUGGGGCGAGGGGAAGCAUCAGGGGCCAGGCCAGCAGCUUGGGGGCCACAGGGAGACAGACGUGGGUAAUGUGCCUGUUUUUAACUCGAUGUAAAGCCUACCUCCAGAACCCUCCUUUUGUUCUUCCUGGACCUGGGCAUUCAACCUCCUGCCCUUAACUGAAGAGGGGGCCUCUGCCCCCUGCCCUGUGCAUCCCGGGUCACAGGGACACCAUAUAGACAUCCUUUUCCCUUGCACGCUCGCUAGCAGCUGGUGAGGCCUUCACGCCCUGAUUCCUCAGUUUCUGCCUGGUGGCACUGACGUGAAGUAAUCGGGGACAGUCCAUUCCGGGGUACCCUGAAGUGGCCUCCCUUGGCAUGGGCAGGCACUAAUUUACUGUCGCUCUGGAGUUGAGGUCCUGGUUUGUUUUUUUUUUCUCUUUAGUUCCUGUAUUCUAAACAUUAGUACAAAUAAACAUUUUUACAUGGA